GUUUCACAAAUUGUCAAACAUGAAACUUGAAUUUUUUUUCAUUAUUUAGUUUUUGUUUUUGAAUAUGUUUAUUUUAUUUCUUGCCAUAGGAACUAGAAUGACAUCUACAUCUUCCUCCAUUGGCAAUGAACAAAUAAUUGCAAAACAAAGAAAUGAUCCAAAUUCUCCCUUAUGGAAAUAUGUGGACAUUAUAAAACAACUUCCGGGAGGUGGGGGAUUCCGUUGGAAAUGCCAUGGAUGUGAUAUUGAACGUAAUAGUUCAUAUUAUCGGGUGGUAGGCCAUUUGUGUGGAAUAAAAGGAAGAGGCAUCAAAAAAUGCCCUAGAAAAAAUGGUAAACCUAUACCAGAUGAGACAGUGAUGAAAUAUAUUAGGGAGCAUGAGGCGGCAAAAGAGAGGGAAGCCCGUAGAUUGAACCAAACCGCAUCAAAGAAAACAAAGGGAAUGCAAGGCCCUUCUAAUCCCAGUAUUGUAGUAGAAGACCACCCCUUCUUUGCCACAAAUGAACCUCAAAGUGAACCACCCUUGACACGUAAAAGAACAAAGGGGCCUUUAGAAACCGCAUUCCAAAAUGAGAGUAGAGACAAUGCUGAUCAAGAUAUAGUAAGGUGCAUUUAUGCAAAUGGGUUGUCAUUCAAUGUUGUUCGCUCCCCAUAUUGGAAGCAAAUGAUAAAAAGUGUUAAUGAGGCACCAAGAGGGUAUAAGGGCCCCGGUUAUGAGAAGGUACGUGGAACAUUAUUGGAGAAAGAGGUGAAGAGGGUUGAAGAUGCAUUGAAACCUAUAAGGAUUCAUGGGUUGAGACAGGUGUAACAAUUGUUUCAGAUGGGUGGAAAGAUGCUAAAAACCGUCCCUUGAUCAAUGUCAUAGCGGUGUCCCCUAAAGGGGCAAUGUUUUUGAGAGCUGUGGAUUGUGAGGGCCAAAUAAAAGAUGGCCAAUUUAUUGUAGAAAUUCUCAUCUCUGCCAUUGAGUCUGUGGGACCCUGCAAUGUUGUCCAAGUCAUAACGGACAAUGCAAAAAAUUGUAGAGCUGCUGGUUUGUUGGUUGAGCAACGCUAUGAUCACAUCUUUUGGACACCUUGUGCGGUACAUUCACUCAAUCUUAUGCUACAAAGGAUUGGGCAAAAAAUAAAAUGGAUCAGAGAUGUGUAUGCAGAGGCUAAGGACAUCCAGAUGUUCAUCACAAACCACCACAUGUCUCAAGGGAUUUUUAGAACCUAUUCGAAUUUGGAGCUAUUGAAGGUAAGUGAAAUAGUAAUUUAAUUUUCCAUUUUCUGAUUUUUUUGAAUUUUCAAUGUUAAUAAUAUCAUUGUGUAAGCUAUAUUGUGUAUUCUUCUUUAAAGUUUGGCUUUAUUUUUUAAUCAUUUGGCAUUAAUUUGUGUUAUAGGUUGCUGAGACCUGUUUUGCAUCAAACACAAUCGUCUUAAGACGACUUGUGAAAGUUAGAGUGGCACUAUGCAAUAUGGUGAUCAACACCAAUUGGACUGUAUGGAAGCAAAGUAGCACUGAGAGGGCAGAAAAAAUUAGGGAUAGAAUAUUGAAUGAGAAAUGGUGGGAUCUUGUUACAUAUCUCCUAAGUAUCACUGAGCCCAUCAUGAGCAUGAUUCGCUAUACAGACAUGGAUAGGCCUUGCAUAGGUGAGAUUUAUGAUGGCAUUGAUUCAAUGCUUGAAAAAAUAAAGGUCACUAUAAAUGAAAAAGAGAAUGAUCCUCAGGAGAAAUUCUUCAAAGAAUUGGAAGUAAUUAUUGUAGAGAGGUGGAACAAGAUGACCACUCCUUUGCACCUUCUUGCCUAUGCCUUGACACCUAAGUACUAUAGCAAUCAGUUUCUUGAUAAACUAGGAAGGAUUCCACCUUGGAGAGAUAUAGAAGUAUCUGAUGGGUACAAGGCAACAUUUCUUAGACUAUAUUCCGAUGAUGAUUUGCGAGAUGUUGUUACAAAUGAGUUCAUAGAAUUUGCAAAUGGGAAUGGUCUAAGUGUUGAUGCACUUCGUCAUAGAUCCAAGAAAGAUGCUCAUAGCUGGUGGUACUUCCAUGGCACAUGCUUCCAACACCUACAACUCCUCGCUAUAAAAGUUUUAUCACAAGUUGCUAGUUCAUUUGCUUCAGAAAGAAAUUGGAGCACAUACUCUUUCAUCCACUCAGUAAAGCGCAAUAGGCUGCUAUCAAAAAGAGCGGAGAAUUUAGUAUAUGUGCAUUCCAACCUACGUCUUCUUUCACACAAACAACAUGACUACACACAAGGGGAAACAAAGAUGUGGGAUAUAGAGCCAGAGCAUAUUAAUUUGGAUGCUCCUGCUUCUCAGCUUCUUGCAUUGACACUUGAUGACUCGGAAAUUGAGCCAACUUAUAGUGCAAGUGCAAGUGGCAUUGGCUCAUGUAAUGUCAAUGUCAAUGAGGAGGAGGAAGAGGAGGAGGAGGAGGAUGAAGAAUUAGAUGAUUAAACUUUAAGUUUAUAUUGUUGAAAGUUGAAACAAUGAUACUUGAAUAUUUUGUCAUUUUGAUAUUAAACUUGAUGUAUAUGAUGCUAUUAUCAA